UGUUAACGGACACUUCAUGCAAACCAAAUGACGAUGUAGACGAAAAUAGAAUUAAAUUCAUUGUGUUUUUUUACCUUCAAUUUCCCUCCACGAUGGAGUCUCGCCGGGAAAAUGGCUCCUCCGCUGAGAUCUUUUCCUUUCCGAGCACUCCAGUUCAGGAUCAGGAUUCCGACGAUUUCGAAUUUGGAUCGAUUACUCCUGAUUCUCCUUCCACUUUCAACAAUUCUCCUGCUGAUCAUUUGUUCGUCAAUGGCCGUCUCUUGCCGCACUCUUUUCCUCCACAGCCGAUUAGUGUUUACGCUGUUGAUGUUGCUUCUCGUCAGACCAGCAGAACGAGUAGUGUCGGGAGUAAGGACUCGUUCUUGUCGUCCCGAAGUAAUAGCACUAAUAGUAGGAGCAGUAGCAGUUGCGGUAGCAGUACUAGCGCGAGGACGAGUUCGAGCGAUAAUAAUAAUAGUAAUAAUAAUUUGGAAAUCAGAUCCUCGAGAUUCUCUUCGUAUCAGAAGAAAUCGCAGAAAUCUUCUGUUUCCGCUCAAGUGUACGGAUCGUGUCAGAGAUGGCAGUUCAUUGCAUCGGUGUCUGUACCGACGUCGCUGAGUCGGGAGAAUUCGAGAAGGAAGAAAUCUGUGGAGAAAAUUGGAGGAAAAUCGGAUUUGAGGAGGAAUAAGAGGCGGACGGAGAAAACAUCGACGGCGAGGAAGAAGAAAAAGAAGAAGAAGAAGAAGAAGAAUAUGUGGUUCGGAAGGAAGGUUUUCCGGUGGAUUAUACUGGUUUGUAAGGAAUGUCAUGCGAUCGAACCAUCGAGGAAGGAUGAGAUUGCGAGGAAGUCGAAAUUGACGACGACAACGACGACGAAGCCGCAGAGUAAUUGAAUUUAAUUAUUGAUUAAUAGUUUCUUCUGGAUUUUGCCUCUUGCUGAUGAUAUAUGAUCUGGUUUUUCAUCUCUCUCUUGAUUUCGGGAAGUUUCUUUUCUUCAAUUGUUGGCGUUUUUUUGUUGAUAUGAAUAUGAUCUCUCUCUCUCCUCUCUUU